AUGUAUGCGCCGGCACCAACGAAGCUUAGACUGCUAUCGGAGCUGAAGGACAGAAUGAAGAAGUCCAUUCAAUUCCUAGUGACCCCCAAUCAAGUACUCACGACUAAUAUUCGCGGUGGAGUUGUAGCUGUGCCGAAGUCAACUUCUUACUGCAUCGUGUUCACUUUUUUCAGUCUAAUAUCCAGAGAACGUUCAGAAUUACCCCCCGAGUAUAACGUAGGUUGUGGGCCGGAGGCGGUCCAGAUUCUUGGCGGUUCUGUGGCGUUUAGAGAGCCACAACAGCCGGCGGACCACCACGUCAAGGAUAAUUUUGAUGCAACUUGCUGGUUCUGGCAAUCCCAGAGGAUCGUGGCCAGUGGUGAAAAGUGGAACAGGCUUGAAACUCAUCACAUCGUAGCUAGUUGUCCGUUGUCUGCAGGGAUAGCUCAAUUCUCCAGCCCCUCCUGCGUCGUUCCCUUCCACUUCUAUCGGGUCGAGUUACCUCGUGUUGCUGCUCUGAAGAAAGGGGCUAAUGGCAGGGGGAACCUUGAUCCUUUGGUGUCUGGGACAAGUCGGCACCUCUCCGUAUCGUAUUGUCCAGCACCGUAUGUCUUCGGCAUAACUGCAACAGAAGAAAAAGAAAACAAGUCCUCCUUGGCUCGAACAAUCAAAAGCCAGUGUAAGGACAAUGUUGGCUUCAUCCAUAUACUCCCAAGGAAGAAGCUGAUGGAAGAUGAGAAGAAUCGAUUAGCCAAGUACGAAAUAGGUAACAGAGGAACUGAAGGUGGAGCCGGAAAGACACUCAUGAUAAUUGGAGAAACAGGAACAGGGAAGAGCACUCUCAUCAAUGGAAUGGUGAAUUACUUAUACAAUGUGAAAUGGGAGGAUGAUUUUCGUUUCGAGUUAAUCGGGGACGAAGGGAAGAAGCCCAAAGGACACAGUCAGACCACGUGGAUCACGGCAUACGUUCUACACAAGCAGCCGGGAUUCGCUGUGCCCUUUACCUUGACAAUAAUCGACACUCCAGGAUUUGGCGAUACAGAAGGAAUCAAAGCGGACAAAGAACUGCAGAAUCAGAUUCGGGAAUUCUUUUCCCAUGGAGGAUAUAUAGGUGCAGAUCAGCUUGAUGGAAUAUGCUUGGCUGUCCAGGCCCACCAGAACAGGCUUACGCCCACUCAAAGAUACAUAUUUGACUCCAUUUUGGCUGUGUUUGGGAAGGACGUAGAAGAGAAUAUAUUUGUUUUCACCACAUAUGCACAUCCCUUGCAGCAGCCAUUAGUCUUAAACGCUCUAGCUCUUGCCAACAUCCCAUAUAAGGAAUCGUUUAAGAUCGACUAUGCUUCCCUGUUCGUCCGAAGCGGAGACGAUCCCAAAAAUGAGAAACUAUAUCAUAUCUAUUGGGAUAUGAGCGAGGAUAACCAAAGAAAUUUCUUUACAACCUUCCGAAACUCAAAACCUGUGAGUUUGACGUUGACAAACGAAGUUCUGGAAGAGCGAAAAAACUUGGAGGCAACCAUCCAAAGCAUUCAACAGCAAAUUACAAAAGCAUUGGGGAGAUUGGAGCAGCUUCGGCAAGUAUAUGGAGAUAUGAAGCAGCACGAAGCAGAAGCGGAAGCCAAUAAAGAUUUCGAGUACAAAGUUCAGGUCCCGAAGCAAAAAAAAAUUCCACUGAGUCGUGGUGAAUAUGCUACAAACUGUCUGGUAUGUCAAUUCACCUGUCAUUACCCUUGCAACCUCGGCAAAGACGAGGAAAAGGAUGGAUGUUCUGCUAUGAAUGAGACACGGACACAUUGCAAAGUCUGUCCAGGAAAGUGUCCACUGGCUAAACAUUGCAAGAAUGAUUACCGCUUGGAAUUAUAUCAUGCAGAGGAGGUCAGGAGCCAUGCCAAAAAGAAGGCAAAUUACGAGAAAGCACUUGGGAAGAAAUCGAAUGCCGAAGAGGAAGUGAAUAAACUCAUCAAGAAAUUCAAUGUAGAGAGAGUUAACGUUCUAAACCUGACGACGUCUGCACACGAGUGCCUGCAGAAACUGGAUAAAAUAGCUUUGAAGCCCGAUCCUUUAAGUGUCACAGACUAUAUCGAUCUCAUGAUUGCGACUGAGGAACAAAAUGUUGAACCUGGCUAUGACCAAAGGAUCAAAUAUCUUAAGGAUGCACGCGGCAAUGCGGAAUUGGCACAGAAGCUUAGGAAUGAUUUUGAUCCGUUUGAGUCACAUAUGGAAGAUUUCGAGAAACAAGGAUUGGAUAUUUCCCGCUCGGAACCUGCUACUUCGUCUAUUAGAGGACCUGUGGCUGCCCCUAGGAGAAUUUUGGCGUUGCGAGAAGGAGAAACCAAACAGUUCUCCCUUGCUCACAAAAUGAGGAACCAGUGUAAGGAAAACGACGGUUUCAUUUAUCGCCUGCCAAAGAAGAUAGUGAUGGAAGAUGCCGAGUAUGGAGUAGCUAAAUAUGAAAUUGGCGACAGGGGAAACACUGAGGGAAUCGGAAAGGUGCUUAUGGUUGUUGGAGCCUCAAGGGCAGGAAAGAAAACCCUCAUCAAUGGAAUGGUGAAUUACUUAUACAAUGUGAAGUGGGAAGAUAACUUCCGUUUCAAGUUGAUCGAGGACAAAGGAAAGAAUGCGCAAGUACGCAGUCAGACCACGUGCAUCACGACAUACGUUCUACACAGGCAAGAAGGAUUCGCUGUGCCAUUUACCUUGACAGUCAUCGACGCCCCAAGUUUUGGAGAUACAGAAGAGAUAAAAGCGGACGAAGAACUAGCAAAUCAAAUUCGGGAAUUCUUAUCCCGUGCAGGAAAUAUCGUUUUGGGACGAUUGGAGCAGCUGCAGCAAGAAUAUGCAGCUUUGAAACAGCACGAAGCAGAAGCUGAAGCCAAUAUGGAUUUCGAAUACGAAGUGGUUCUCCUAAAGCAGAAAAAAGUCCGCUUGGGUCCAGGCGAAAAUGUUACAAACUGCCUGAUAUGCCACAUCAGCUGUCAUUAUCCUUGCCACGUCCCUAAGAACAAGGAAAAGGGUGGAUGUUCUGCUAUGAAUGAGACACGGACACAUUGCAAAGUCUGUCCAGGAAAAUGUCCAGCAUCUGAACAUUGCAACAAUGAUUAUCGCUUGGAAUGGCAUCAAGAACAGGAGGUCAGGAGGUACACUGAAAUGAAGGCAAAGUACGAGAAAGUCCUUGGGAGGAAAAUGAAUUCUCAAGAGAUUGUACAGGUAUUGCUCAAGCAAUUCAAACAGGAGAAAACCCACGCCCUAAGACUGAUGAAGCGUGCGCAGGAGUGCAUGCAGAAACUCAAGAAAAUAUCUUUUCAACGCAAUCCUUUAGGACUCACUGAAUAUAUCGACGUCGUGACAGAGGCUCCUAGUGGAAAAGGUCAAACCCGCCGAUGGAUGGAAAAUCACAAAGAUGCCCGAACCAUAUCAGAAUUGGCAGAGAAGCUGGAGGGAGAUUUUUAUCCAUUUGAUCCAUAA